AUGUUACGGGCCGAGAACAAUGCACCGCGUGAAAACCAAAACAUUCCCGAAAGACCUCACGAAUUAGCCUCCAUAGCACCAACGGUUAGAGACGAUGAAGUCAGAACGGCAGAACCACGUGGGAGAAAGCAAAAGAGCGUUGCUUCCCAAAAUAACCACUCCGAUGGCGCCUUAUAUGAUGUUUCAGAAGGGCUCGCAAACUUGAACGAAGUUGACGCGCCCUCACCUGACGAGAAUCCACAUGAGCAGCUCCAAUACCGGAGAUCUUUCCUGGAGACCAUUCGGCCACAGCAAAAGGAAUAUCAACGGGAUCAAAGGCGUCGACGACUGUCAGCCGUAGGCAAAGGCCAGGAAAGCCCCUCGGGAGAGCCAAAAGAAGCCGUUCCAGGCCAUGAACGUGCUUCGAGGGUUGCCACUGAGAUAUAUAUACUGUCAUAUCUGAUACUCUUUUCCAUCCUUGGUACGCUUGCCCGAGUAGGUCUCGAUGCCUUAACAAGGUACCCAGGCGCCCCGGUUGGCAUCAGCGUCCUCUGGGCCAAUUUCGGUGGGAGUCUGCUCAUGGGUUAUUUCAGCGAAGAUAGGAGGCUUUUCAUGGACAGUGAUAAAAGCCAGAAUGGUACUACACCAGAAGAAGCAAGGUUCGAGAAUGCGAGCAGUCCGGAAAUUGGUCGUGGAGGAUCCGGAGGAGCCGUCGCCAACGACCCCGACCCAGAAGCCGUGAGGAUUGCUGCUAGGAAGGUGCACCUCACCUUCAAGAAGACGAUACCGCUAUAUAUCGGUCUCACGACCGGUUUCUGCGGCUCAUUUACUUCGUUCUCUAGCUUCAUUCGAGAUGAUUUCCUUGCGCUUUCGAAUAGCUCCCCAACAAUCAUAUCCGCAAGCGGGUCUUCGUUCGUCAUUCCCCGAAACGGUGGAUUCAGUUUUAUGGCACUACUCGCUGUCAAUAUCCUCACUCUCUGCAUCUGCAUUGCAGCGCUGAAGUUUGGAGCUCAUCUCGCAAUCGCACUCCAUUACAUCGCUCCGUCUAUCCCAGUUCGUCUUAUUCGGAGGAUUUUCGACCGUAUGACAGUCAUUGUCGCGUUGGGCGUUUGGCUCGGAGCAAUCUUUAUGGUUAUCUGGCCCCCCGAUCGACCAUCUGGGCCCGCCGCAAAUGGACGGACAACAUGGGCUCAGGAGACUUGGCGAGGAAGAGUCUUGUUCUCCCUUAUCUUUGCUCCGCUGGGCUGUAUCGCCCGUUUCUACGCGUCGGUGAAGCUGAAUGGACUGAAGCCAUCAUUCCCCGUAGGCACUUUCGUGGUCAACAUAUUUGGAACUAUCAUCUUGGGAAUGGCAUGGGACUUGCAGCAUGCUCCUCUGGGUACUUUGGGUGGCCGAAUAGGAGGCGGAUUGACCGGGUGUCAGGUUCUGCAGGGUGUCAUGGAUGGGUUCUGUGGCUGCUUGACCACUGUGAGUACGUGGGUUCUUGAGCUGACGAGUUUGAGGAGAAGACACGCAUAUACCUACGGUGUCGCGAGUGUGGGCGUUGCUUUGGGGUUUAUGACGAUUAUCAUAGGGAGCUUUCGGUGGACGAAAGGAUUCGCUGAUCCGGUAUGCACAUCGUAG